AGUCGAAGAUGGAAGACAGUACAGCCAUACAAAGCCGAGUGACAGCAUCGGAUAGAGCGUCCCCCUCGAGAAAGUCACUGGAGAUCAAACGCUUCUCUUUCUCGAUACGAUACGGAAUCUGUUAGGUGUUUCCGCGGGAUUACUAUCAUAGACGCAUACGUUAGACGAGUGAGUGACGCUUUAGAAGAGCCUAUAAGAGAUAUGGACUAUUACCGCCACGAAGACCUCAACGCCUCCUUCAGCUUCGACGAGCCGAUUUUCAGCGGGGAGAACGCCCUCGAUCAUCUCUGCCAGACCUAUCUGGGCAACAUGAGCACUUUGGGCGAGAACUACGAGCAGCCGAGCGCCCACAACAGCGGGUCACUCGACGAGAUCGAGACUUUUGCAAGGACAGACAUCGUUCACUGGACGCCAGAGGACUGCCUGGACUGGGCCGGAAGUGUCUGCCGGAAGAGGGGCAUCGACCAGUCCACACUUGACCUCUGGGCAUUCAAGAGUUACACUGGAAGCGACCUCCUUCACUUCACCUGUCAAGAUUUCUCAAACAUCAUUGGGUCUAUUUAUGGCCCUCUCUUCCAACAGGAAUUCGCGGCUCUCUACAAUAAGAGAGAACAAGACAAAAUGCAAGGCGCCGUAGGUGGCUGCGCCCCUACGUACGGAUCCUACGAGUACCCUACGCAGGAGUCGGGCUACGACAGCGACCCUUUUGAGCUCACCUCCGAGGACAUCAAGGAUCUGGAUCGUUACAUCCACCACCAGGCGGACGAUCCUCUGGCGGGCAGCCUCUCAGACUUGGACUUCCAGGAACAAUUUCUUCCGCUCAAGUUUGAAGGAUCUCAGCUGAUCCCUGAACCAGUGAUGCAGUGUUCUUUCGGGACCUCCCACUCGGGCCAAGAUCAAGUCCCACUCAAGCAAGACGAGACCAAAAAGAAAUCUCGUGGUCCCAAGAACUGGGAGUUCGUGAUUGGUCUCCUGUCGGACCCAAGGACCAACCCUUCCCUCAUAAGAUGGGAAGACAAGACCCAAGCCACUUUCCGUCUGGUCCAGCCAACAGCCAUCGCCCAAAUGUGGGGUCGAAGGACCAACAAGCCCAAUUUGACCUACGACAAUUUCGCCAGAGGGUUGAGGUACCACUACACCACAGGCGCUCUGGAAGCCGUGUCUGAGAAGCAGCUGGUCUACAAGUGUGGACCGAAAGCCCUGAAGUUCCUCAUCGACAUGAAAAAGGAAGUUCAGUGAUGACCUUGAGGGAUCCCGUGACGUCACUGAGAGAUCUUAUUUCCUCUUGUUCCGCUUGCCUUAAAAGGGAGCUCUGUGUGGUUCUAGGAGAACCUCAAAGCAGAUCCACUGUGCACAGUUCUUCAGGAUCUCGAAGCCACUUCCCUCAGUGUAGUUUUAAAGGAUCUGGGAGUCGCUCCACUGAGCGGAGCUUUCACGGAUCUCAAGGCCACUCCAAUUUAGCUGGUUCAUCAGUGUUCCAGAUGCUGCAACUCCUGACUUAUAAAAGCAUGUGACCAGGAAUGCCAUUAUCUACCAAAGACUGCUAUUCAAGUUGGCCACCACUGGAAGCAUCGUCUUAUAUAUAUACUCGCCUAAUAAUUUAUUCUAAUUUAAGCAAAAUAGCAUUAAUAUAUUGCAUCAAGGCAGCUAUGUAUUUGUGGAUAGGCGGAGGCAUUUUCCAUCUACACGUAAUUAAGACGCGUGGGAACUAUAGGUGGAGGGAGCAAUGGAGCCCAGAAUAAAAGUUCAUGGAGGAAUGCUCGAGAGGGCCAUCUAUUCAAGAAUGGUCCUAAGGUCUUAGGAAGGCGAAAGUGAAGAAGAAGUGGUGUGGACAACAUUUCUCUCCCGUUGAAGAGAGCGUUGCAGUUAUCCACAAGCUAGCCGUGAAACAUUUCUCUCAUUCUCAGAAUGUUGUGUCCAAAGAGCUGAGAAAUAGGACCCACUACACUCAGAGUCUCAUUUAAUGAGUGAUAUUAUUUCUAGACCGCGUCUCUAGUCAGACUCAAUUAUUCCUAAAUCUCGCAGCUGAAUCUAAGCAUCUUAAAUGUUGCGACGAUUCGUCUGUGAUAAAAGACAGCUGAUUAUUUAUAUCGCCUUAUUUAUUACAUAGUUUUUUAGCAUGUCCUAGGCAUUUAUUUAAUCUUGUAUCCUAAUAUAUUAUGUUUUGUGAUGCGUACCUUCUGCGAAGGGCUUAAUAAGAAUGAAGAACACAAAUUAUUCUAUAAUAAUUUUGAUGUCGUGUUUCCUUUUUAUGGAAAAAUAUACUUUUUAUUUAUUGUUAA